AUGGGUGACUUAGGCAGCCCCUGCUCCCUGUCUGAAGCAGGUAGGGGACGACGGUACAAAUCAAAGGCCCCUCGGGCCCAUCACCAGGUCAGUGUCAAGGUCUCCUCCAAGGACGCUGAGAUGAAAACAGCAGAAGAGCCAACCCCAAGCCUUGGGGAGACCCUGGAGUGGCUAAGAAAGGAGCUGGCUGAGAUGCAGGUUCAAGACCAGAGACUCCUGCUCACCCUGAGGCACCUUCACAGUGUCCUAGAGGAGCUGCGUGCUGAUAGCGCUCACUGGGAGGAUGCCAGGUCCAGCAGAGGGACAUCUCCCAUCAGAGUUCGCGCAGGCUCUGAAAGCAGGGGCCGCCCCCCCAGCUCCUCCAAGGGGCUGGCCCAGCUCUUCCAAGGGGAGGACAGCCGGCGAAGCUCCCUCCCUUGACCAACUGCCCAGGCCAGGACUGAGUCCGGACUUGAACUCUCCCCCUGCUCGUCCAAGCUUCUGACUGUGAUGUUGCAGAGGGAGAGCACUGGAAUGGGAGUCAAGGAGUUGGGGCUCUGGGUUCCUCUCUGCCCUCAUCCACUAUGCAUCCCUAAAUCCAUCACUCACUCAA